AUGCACGACAACCAGAACCUAGACCGAAACCACAACUUCCACCAGAACCUAGGCCACAACCACAACGUCCACCACAACCAGAACCUAGACCACAACCACAACUUCCACCACAACCACAACUUAGACUACCCCAUGAAAGGACACCCCGCCCCGCCGGCGACGUCACUGGCGCUCCAGCCCCGCCCCCUGCGGCGGCGCCCCUGGUCCGGGCCCGGCGGCGGCGGCGGCGCGAUGGCCGAGGCCGGCUGGAAGCGGCACGUCCUGCGGCAGCUGCAGCGGCGCGACCGGGCGCAGAAGGCGCGCUUCCGAGACGUGGUGCAGGCCUAUAACAAACUCCUGGAGAAAUCCUACUUGCUGAGCGCCUACAAGCUACAGGUGGAGUCUUUGGAUCUCCAGAUGGGACUUUGCACCAGAUCAGCCCUGGAGCUUGCAGACUCUGUGGGGGGCGAAGCCUUGGAUGCUGCAGAAGUCCUGGAGCACCUGAAAAGGAACUACACAGGGCACAUCGUGGAGCUGCAAAGGAGCAAUGUGGAGCUGACUUGCGAGACGAUAGAACGGAACAUGAUCCUCGAGGCAAAGGAAACUGCCCUUAUGGAGCAGAGGAACAGGUUGGCCUCCGUGAGUAGGCAGGUCUCCUGCUUGGAGUCCGAGCAUCGGCAGCUGGAGGGCCAGGUGGAAGAGCUGAGCUGUGAGAACUCCGCCGUGAAGGCCGAGUACGACACCUUACGCGAGCAUUAUCGGCAGCGAGACGUGGAGUUCCGCCGGGCAGCUGAGAGAGGCCUGCAACUACUCAAAAGCAUCAUGCUGCUGAAGGUGGAAGCUGCCGAGCAUCGCAACGAGAAGAACGAGAGGGUGAAGCAGUCCAGGCUGUCCAAGGAGCUGAAGAAGGCGGCCAGCAGGCCCGUCGGCAUAGAGAUAGAACCAGAAGAAGAGAAGGCAAAGGAUCAGCAGACGUCCAGGAGGGCCGUUCCCACGCCGGAGAGCCGUGAGAAGCUGUGGAGGAGGCCCUUCAGAUCUGCCUCCGCCACCUCCAUGACUCUCACCAGAUACGUGGAUGUUUUCAAGGGUUUGUUUGAUUUCAGGCUGAAGCGGGGGAAUUCGGUCAGCAGUCCUUCGGAGGAUCGCUACUGCUGCUUGCCUUCGUGUGUGGCAGCUUGCCUCCCCUCCACCGUGAGCGACCAGAAGGAAGCUCACCUUUCUGAGAUCAAUGCCAUCAAGUUCAGCCCCAGUUCGUGCUCAGUGGCCACGGGUGGAACGGACAGGCUCAUCAGACUGUGGAACGUGGCUGGAGGUCUCCUAGAGCACACGCAGACAUUGGAAGGAGCUACAGGAGGCAUCACCAGCCUUGACUUCGACCCAUCGGGAUGCCACGUCUUGGGAGCUUCAUAUAACAACGUUGCUCAGCUGUGGAAGAUUGGAGACAAAAAGUGCAGAGAGAUCCUCACCGGACACACAGAUAAGGUGACGGCCGCCAAGUUCCGGUCCACGCGGCACCAGGCUGUGACUGGCAGCCGAGACCGGACGGUGAAGGAGUGGGAUUUGUGCAAGGGGGCCUGUUCCAGAACCAUCAACGUCUUCUCCUAUUGCAACGAUAUUGUUUGUUGUGACACCGUCAUAGUCAGUGGGCACCAUGACAAGACGAUCCGGUUCUGGGACACCAGGGAGCCUGGUUGCACGCAGGUGAUCCCUGUGGAAGGCAAGGUGACAUCCUUGAGCAUCAGUCCCGAUCAGAUGCACCUGCUGAGCUGCUCCCGGGACAACACGCUCAAAGUCAUCGAUCUACGAAUGCACAACAUCCGGCAGGUUUUCAGGGCCGAAGGAUUCCAGUGUGGCUCUGACUGGACCAAGGCUGUGUUCAGUCCUGACAAGAGCUAUGCCUUGGUGGGUUCUGCAGACGGCACCCUCUUCCUGUGGAACAUGGAGACGGGCAACCUGGAAAGGAGCUUGACAGGAGUUCACAGGUCUUCAGUGAACGCAGUUUCCUGGGCUCCCUCCGGGAUGUACAUUGGGAGCGUGGACCAGUGUAAGAAGCUGGUCCUGUGGAGAUAG